AUGGCCAAUCUGCUUGUUGAAAAUUCGUUACUAUCUUCUUUAAAUGAUCAGCAGAUUACCGAUGUCUCAUCGUCCCAUUCGAUCUCGGAACCUUGCACUUUAGCCGAUUCUAAAGCAAUUGUACUCGCACAUUUUGAACGAUCAAAUUAUGCUGUCUAUCUUCAUCCUGAAGACAAGCGUGGUUAUCGGUCGAUUGUCCGACUGAUCAACAAUGAUCGAGUGAUCUCAACAAUCAAUCGAGAUUAUACUUCAGAAGAAAGAAUUGGUCUUGCACUAACCAUAGCUUUAGUCACAGAAGCCUAUACUCAUAUUGUACCAAUCGCUCAAAAUUCAGUUACGGAAAAUAAUAUUCGUUUGUUUGACUCAAAAACGAAUAUCAAUCAAUCAAGUUUACCUCAAGAAUCAAUUUUUCUUCAUGGUCAUGUGUUUGGAUGCGGCAAUCCAGAAGGAAAAUAUAUUGAUGAUGUUCAACUGGAUGGUCCUCUUUUUGAAACAUUUUUCGAUAUGAAUGCUACGUCUUCGAAAGAAUCAAACCACGUUAAACAAUUCUCUUGGAAACCGGACGAAAUAAAUAAAGUGGUCCGUAGGGUAGAAACUGAAAUUCAAAACAUUCGUGAUGUUUACAAAGUUCACGGACUAACUAUCAUUACUCGAAAUAUGUUCGUUGAUAUCUACCUAGUAAGGCAUGGUGAAACUGAUUGGAAUGCUCAAAAAAGACUUCAAGGACAUACAGAUAUUCCUUUAAAUACACAAGGCAAACUACAAGCUUAUCAGCUUCAAGAAAAGUUCGCCGACAUUCAUUUCUCAAAAGUGUUCUCAUCCGAUUUGGUACGGGCACGUUUAACUGCUGAAUUAAUUCUUGGUUCAAAUAAAUUAACUAUUAUCGAAACACCACUUCUUCGAGAAAGAAGCAUGGGAACAUGGGAAGGACGUUUGGCUGGAGACUUGAAAUCAUACUUGGAACAAACAUUCAAUGUGAAUAAUUUCACGCAAGAAGAAUAUUUAUCGUUUAAAUGGGACGAUACUUGUGAAAGCUACUCUGAUGCAUAUCAACGAAUACAAAAUUUUAUCCAUUCUAUUGCAUUUUCUCCGCCAAUGAGUGAUGAUCCAAUUUUAUUUUCUAGUCAUGGUGGUAUCUUGCGAAGUAUACUGUAUCACUUAGAUUUUCAUCCUGGUCUACGGUGGCAAAUCACCAAUUGUGCUUUUUUGAAGUUGAGAAUAUGGGCAGAUGGAAAAAUCACUGUCAUAGCUUCCGAGGGUAUCAAAUUGGUCGAAGCAAAAGAGAUUAUCUUACCAGCUUGA